UUUUGGUUGGGAAGAUCAGUUUUGGCAGCUCCACUUCCCCCUGGGUGGGGCAGCAAGCCCCAAUAAAAAGGUCCUCUGUUGCACGACUGCCAUCCUCCUGCUACUCAAGUCCUGGCGACUUUGGAGAACCUGGAGUUCCUUCUUGUGAACAGUCAUAUAAUUUCUUUCAGAUCCUAAGACUCCAGAAAGAUGUCUUAUCAACAGCAGCAGUGCAAGCAACCCUGCCAUCCACCUCCAGUGUGCCCACCAAAGUGCCCUGAGCCUUGCCCACCUCCACCGUGUCCUGAGCCUUGCCCACCUAUAAAGUGUCCAGAGCCUUGCCCACCUCAGCAGUGCCAGCAGAAAUGCCCUCCUAUGCCACCUCCCCAACCAUGCGAGCCGAAGUGCCCACCCAAGUGCAAGUAACAGCUUCAGAUUUCAUCUGGAUCAGGAAAGGAUAAGGACAAUUGGCUUGCCUAGUUCCCAGCUCCACCUUCACCUUCUCUUCAAAGCGCAUCAUGGAUACAGAAGAAGCUUCUCCACCCUUCAGCCUGAGAUAUGCCUGUGGUAAUGCUGACAACCUGAGGUUUCCUUCCUGAGGUGGCUGUCCUGCUUCCCCCGGGAGGCAGGUGAGAAAGAGUCACAGUGCUUCCAAAGGAAGAGUAGCGGUUCCCUUUCUGGGUGCCAUCAGACGAUUCCCUUGCUGUCUCCUGUGUUUGUCUGUCACCUGGGCAGGGGUUUCUACCAGCUGAGGAAUGUUACUUAUCUUCCAUUUCCUGAAUAAACUACAGUCAUUUUGUGUGAUGCUAAAAA